CAGGAACCCUGGCUGCGGAAGGGAAGGAACUCGAAUCACAGCCUUUGAGAAAACAGCUAGUCCAAAAUAAGUAAAUUUGUUUAGUGUCAAGAUGGCCGCUGAAGGAUGGUAGAUAAGAUUAGGCAUUUACUUUCUGUUGACCUUUUACGUAGCCGCUUUUAGUAAGUGCCAAAAUCCCCCAAAAUGCGCGAGCAUAGUAUAAACAACGCAAGGACCUUCGGUCGGUCCUGUGACGCCGCGCAAUGGCCGUGUAGGUGGUGACCCAGAUAGUUAUGAUGGCCACAGCACUCUGUUGGUGAAGGGAACGGGUGUUUGCUGGUUUGUAUUUGCGCCAUUUGUGGCCCUAGCGCCGUCCCCGGGCUAGGCCAGGGCGAUAUGGAGCAAACACAGAGCAGGCCCAACAAGGUUAGCAAGACGAGGGGCCCAUGCGAGGCCGAGGCCGAGUCAGGCGCGGCCCAUGGCCAGGCCUUGACUGCCAACCAAGUUGUAAACAUGCGCAAGUCCAGACCCUCUAUAGGGGUUUUUGACAGGAGUGGCAGACGAUUUUCUGACACCAAGGACCCUGCAACUGGCACUUUAUCUGGUGGUAGUUCUGGGUCUGGCGAAGUUUCCAAUUUGGUGCGCAUUCAUGGAUCAACCUUGGGACAGUCAGCUCCUUCAUUGUCCAACACAAUGAAGGAGCUGUGCAUAUCAAGACGCAGUAGCAGAGUGAAUCAGAGGAAAAGCUUCAUCUCAACUACCUCACCCACCCUUCCUCGUUGCCUGUCUCCUAUGUCUGGUAGUCCCUUGGAAAGUCCAAGAAUGUCUCCAAACCAACAUUUUGCAUAUGCUCCCAUCAGAAGGGUCAACCAGGAAAAGAAAAACAAGAGAAGUCUGUGUGAAGGCAGGCGCUGGUCUGUUGCCUCUUUGCCAUCCUCAGGCUAUGGAACUACGCCAGGGAGCUCCAGUGUUUCAGAUAGUCGAUCUAGAUUUGAUCAAUUUAUUCGACAGAGGGAACGAAGGAUGAGAUCCUCUCAAUGCUCUUCUCAAGAACGCCUCCACCAGCUGCCUAAUCUCCCCACAAAGGAAGAACUUCAGAUGCUUACGAGACAUUUUUCAAACGAGACUCAUCACAGCUGUGUUCUUGAUGACUGCAGUCCAAGGUCACCACUAAGCCGUCCACGAUCUCGUAGUCUAAGCUCCCCAAGCCGCUCUCCUGUAAUGGACACAGAUAUUGUUGUUAUGAACACUAUGUACAAAGAGAGAUUUCCUAAGGCCACUCAACAAAUGGAGGAACGCCUGAAAGCUUUUAUAAAUGAGACAAAAGUAACUGAAGGUGAUUGUGAUCUUCACCUAAAGGAUUUGCCAAUCUUACGCUUUGUGCUCCAUCAAAUUGUAGAAAUGGCUAGAGAUUGUCUUCAAAAAUCAGAAGAGAAACUUAUUUCAAGCCGCUAUUUUUAUGACAUGUCAGAGAAUCUUGAGAGACUUCACAGUGAAACAAAAGAAAAAUCUAUUGAAGCAUCAGCCCGAGUUGGAACUGUGGUUCGAAGACUUCUCUUAAUAAUAUCACGACCUGCUCGACUUCUUGAAUGUUUGGAAUUUGAUCCAGAAGAAUUCUAUCAUAUGCUGGAGGAGGCUGAAGGGCAAGCAAAACUUGCACAUCAGGGUAUUAAAGCUGAUAUCCCUCAAUACAUCCUCAGCAAGCUGGGAAUGACCAAAAAUUCAAGUGCAGAAUUGGAUGCAGAUCUCAGUUCCAUAAAUGUUUCUCCUCCUUCCCCGCCUCCUGUGUGCUCCUCAGCAGUUGCAGCUGUUGCUACAACUACUGAGAAAGGACGUGGAAUUUUACACCGUGGCAGCAAGAAGGAAUUUAAGAAUCCAGCAGAAGAAGACUUUGAAGUGAUAAAGUUGAUCUCAAACGGUGCCUAUGGGGCAGUUUAUUUAGUUCGUGUAAAAGAGACCCGCCAGCGUGUGGCUAUGAAAAAGAUCUCAAAAAAUAAUUUGAUGCUUAGAAAUCAAGUUGAUCAGGUUUUCACAGAAAGGGAUAUCAUGAGUUUCACAGAUAAUCCUUUCGUUGUUAGUAUGUACUGCAGUUUUGAAACAAAAAAACAUCUCUGCCUUGUGAUGGAGUAUGUUGAAGGCGGGGACUGUGCAGCUUUAUUGAAGACCAUUGGUCCCCUACCUUCAGAUAUGGCCCGGUUUUACUUUGCAGAAACUGUUCUAGCUGUGGAGUACUUGCACAGUUAUGGGAUAGUUCAUCGUGAUCUUAAACCUGACAAUUUACUCAUCACAGCACUUGGCCAUAUCAAGCUCACUGACUUUGGUCUCAGCAAGAUGGGACUAAUGUCGUUGACAACUAAUCUUUAUGAAGGGUAUCUGGACCGAGAAACUAGGCAAUUUUCAGAUAAGCAAGUUACUGGUACACCUGAGUACAUUGCACCUGAGGUGAUUCUGAGGCAAGGCUAUGGAAAACCAGUUGACUGGUGGUCGAUGGGAAUUAUUCUAUAUGAAUUUCUGAUAGGAUGUGUUCCCUUUUUCGGCGAAACUCCUGAAGAACUCUUUGCUCACACCGUAAAUGAUGAUAUUGAAUGGCCAGAUGAGAAAGAGUGGCCUGUGCAGUUGGAAUCAAAGGACUUGAUAACCCAGCUACUGCAGCACAAUCCUAUGAUUCGACUUGGUACAGGUGGUGCCCAAGAAGUCAAAGAUCAUCCUUAUUUCUGUGGUUUGGAUUGGACGAGUUUGCUCCGUCAAAAAGCUGAAUUUGUUCCUCAAUUAGAUGAUGAGGAAGAUACUAGUUACUUUGAUACUCGCAUGGACCGAUAUAAACAUGAUAUGGGAGAAGACACCGAUGAUACUGAUGAAUCAAUGCUGUUUGGUUCCUUUUCCUCUAUCUCUCCUCGCUUCCACAAAGUUCACAGCACCGAAGAUCGGCGAGUGCCACAAACGUCAGCCUCCCCUGCUGCUAUGUUUCGGGAAACUACUCCCCCUUCUGCCAGAGGAGCUCAGUCGCAGUCCACAAUUACUGAAUCACCCAAGACUUCAAAAUCUGCUUGUUCUGGGGUAUCAAAUAUUUCACCUUUGGCUCAAGAUUCUGGCAACUCAGAAUCAUCUUCAUCUAAUGUUGGAAGCAGUAUGGAGCUUGAUGAGAGCAAGGAAUUGUCAGAGUCCCGUGUGGAGCCAGCUAGUUUGACUCAUCACCACUCUCUCAGUACCCCCGAGUCUUCUCAGACAGAAAGCGAUGACGUGUCACCUCAAGUGCAAAGAAAAAGACGUUUGCAUACCCGGGAUUCUCUCCCUCGAUUUUCAAUUUCCAUUGAAGAUGAGAAGCAUAUGAUAAGUGUACCUGUCCUCAAAGGACUAGAUGGGUCUGCAUUUGUUCCAAUGGAAGAGCGGUCACCGAAGAGCACCAUCCGAGUAGGACCUAGUUUGCCAUCAACAUCUACCAGCAACAAUGAAAGUUCUCCGGUCUCUUCCAUUAAAGCUCGUGGAAGACCUGUGAUAAAGAGUGCAUCAGCAAGUGGUCUUUCUCUUAUGAUACCGUCUAGCUUGUAUUUGGCCGAUGACUCGCCCCAGUCGAUGCCGUCCCCGGGCGGCUCAAGCACUGCCAGCUCCCGAGACACGUCACCCUGCCGCGAGCUGUCGCCCCUCGUGACCAGCCUCAAGCCUCCGAUCAUCAUCAAGCGAGGGGCGAGAGGAUUUGGGUUCACUGUCAACACGAUCCGCGUGUAUUACGGCGACACCAACUACUACACCAUGCAUCACCUCGUUAUGGCCGUGGACGAGGGCAGCCCCGCGUUCGAGGCGGGCCUGAGCCCGGGCGACCUCAUCACGCACAUCAACGGCGAGCCCGUGCAGGGCCUGUUCCACACGCAGGUGCUGCACCUGCUGCUGAGCGGCGGCGACCACGUGACGCUGCGCUCCACGCCGCUGGAGAACACGUCCAUCAAGGCGGGCGGGCACCGGCGCGAGCCCGGCCAGAGCAAGCUGGCGCGUCGCAGCCUGAACCGCCAGCGGCGCCAGAAGCGCGACCUGAUCGACAAGCGGCGCAAGCCGUCGCUGUUCAAGCGCAUCAGCAACAAGCGCGCCAGCGUGGACCUGGCGCAGCCGCUCAGCAUCUCGAGCCCCGUGCCCGUGGCGACUUGCCCGCCGCCCAGCCGGUCGCAGCCGUGGCCGCUGCCGCUGGCCGCGCAGGACACGUCCCCGCUGGCCGCGGUCGUGGCGGGCGCGAGCCGCGUCAAGCCGCUGCGCUCUCCGUCCGCCAACCGCGUGUCGUUCCCGCCGGCCGAGCCGCUCACGCCGCAGCCCUACUCGCCCAACACGUCGUCCAGCUCAUCGGGGUCCUCGGCGGCGAGCAGCCCCGCGGCCACCACGCCGCACUACCAGCGGCCCUCCACACUGCACGGCCUCAAGCACAAGCUGCACAGCGCGGCCAAGAGCAUCCACUCGCCCUCUGGCCGGCGCAAGUCGGUCGGCCACAUCCCGCUGUCGCCGCUCGCGCGCACGCCGUCGCCCUCGCCGCUGCCAUCCUCGCCCACCAGGUCGCCGUCGCCGCUUGCCUUCCCCGCCGUGCACCAGCCCGGCAGCUCCAACACGACCCAGUCCUACAGCCCCGGGUCGUCGCUGUCCACGCCUGGCGCCUGCAGCAAGAAGGGUUUCGCGAGGCCCAAGAGUGCCGAGCCCGGCAGCCCGCUGCUGCGGCGAGCGCUGUCCCCAGACCGCCUGCACCCCAGGAGCGCCGAGAACAAGAGCAAGUCCGGCGCGCCGUCCAUCUCGCCGCUCUGCAACAACCCGGCGCCCAAGGUGAGUGUCGCCGCCUGCUCCAGCUCCGCCCCGGGCUCCACCGUCACCUCGCGCUCGCCGCUCUCCAAAGCGUCGUCGCUUGACAAGGGCCUCAAGACGAAACCGCCGGAGCAUCCUCUGUCUAUGAGGCAGGACUCUGGUGACGACUUGUCUGGCAUCCGGAGUCUGCCCAAGGAGGACUCGGAGCAGACUCAGGACGGGAGUCACAUGACGGUCAAGGGGAUUCUUCCCAUCGAUGGCCGUAAUCCUCUUCCUCUGCCAAGAAUCGCCGAAGAGAAAGACUCUCCUCCAGGGAGUAGGGAGGAGGUCUUGAGAGAACUUGUCCCUUCUCUUCCGCCCCCACCGCCACCAACAACGCCAUGUACUCCUAGUACUCCGUAUUUCCCGUUUAUACCACAUCUGAAAUCUGUGAUAAAAGAAGAGGAGCCUCACAAAAAGAAGGAAGGUUGUGAUAAAAAGAGUAGAGAGGCUGAUAAGGGCAGUGGUGCCUCCUCUUCAAAAGCAAAAGAUAAACCAUAAAGUUGUAUCAAUUGCCGAAAAUAUUAGAACCUAUAUUAGAGGGCACUGUGUGCUCUGAGAAAAAAGCGAAGUUAACCUUGUUAGAGGCUAUGAAGCUAAAGCUUGUAGCUAUGUUCCCCUAUGGAAAAUGUUGUUCGUUAUCCAGCAAGUAUUGAAGUGUGUUAAUUUUUACUUAUUUCUGCAACUUUACAGUUCUAUGCAAUUAUCUUUGUGUAGGAUUUGUUUUUGUUUUUUAAGAUUUGCCAUUUUAUGAAGUUAAACUUCUGAGCGCAGUUGAAAUCUUACUCUCUGCUCCUCCUACCAGAAAAGACAAUGUAUGUAAAUUUUAUACUGUCUUUUUUCCCCUUUUACAACAUUAACUGUAAUUGUUAUGAUUUGAUGAUGAUUUGCUCUAUCAGUGGAGAUCAGUGAAAUGAUGCUGAACUAGUCAAAAAAAGACAACCUUUACCUCGCCAUGCACAAUACAUAUUAGCUUUGGAAUAUUGGCAUAAUAUUCAGUUAUUUUUGGUUGUGUUACUCAUGUGUUGGUACAUCAAUUUUUCAUUCAUCACUCACAUUUCAUUUAUUUAUUUUCUUUCGUGUGUUCAGCCACAGUUGAGGUCAUUAAGUGGUUAUAUUUAAUAAAUCUAUCCUUCUUUGUGAGAAGAAUUAGGUACAGAGGUUUUAGUGUAAUAAUACAAAUUAUUCGCAUUCAAAAUUUUUAGAAAAAAUAUUUCGUCCAAUAUUCUUACUAUCAAUAUCGUGGUAACUAAAUCUGACUGGUAUUAUAUAAUGCUAUAUGCUCACUUGAUCUGGGGGUUUCGUUAUUGGUGAUGAAUUGCACUUGUUCCAUUUUGAAUUUUGGGGUAAUUAUUUUGCAACAUAGUUGAAUGUCUUACGUUUUAGUAGAUGUGUUAAUUGUAUACCUGAAUAUUGUACCGUUUAUUUUACCAUGUUGUUUUUAAGUGCACAAGUCAUCCAUGUACAAAAUUGUGUUAAUUUGUUUAGUAACUGUGUAGAUGGUUAAAUGUGUUAAUGGAACUUGUUUCAAUGUUUCUUUAAAGGUGCAUUGCGUGUAAACUCAGGUUGAGUGUAUGAUUGUGGUCUUCUACCAAUUGGGUUAGUUUGUUCUAGAAACUGUUCAGUUCUCUUUUAUUUUGGGGUUUCUGUUAUCACUUCUACAUGACUUAUCAAAAAUAUGUAGAAAGGAUUAGUGGUGCUAGAUGUACCAAGUACUCAUACCUAGAGUCCCUGUCAAAAAGCAGUCAGUGUGCAAAUUGUAAUAGAAGCCUCUGCGCUUACAAGCAAUUAAAUGUGGGCCAUGGUAGUUACAUUAUUAGCAGUUUAAAAUGAAGGAAAGCCCGGUGAAAAAGACAAACUAAAAUUGCUUCAGUAAGCAUGAACUAGUUCCGUUAGAUGGUUAGACCAUGCUUGCAUUGUGUUAACUACACAAUAUCUUAUAUUUGUGUGAAAAGUCUUUAGGACGGCCUGGUAGACAUCUGUGAAUGUUUUCUACCUUCAGUUUCAAGCUUGGUUUUAAAUGUCAUUAACAUCAUCGAAAAAAUGUGUUUCAAGUUCAGUGAUAUACCUAGCAGUAAUGUGUAGUGCCAUUUUAUUGAUGUAUGGCAUGGUGCGUGAUUUUUACCUGGCCCCUUUUUCAUUUCCAUUAAAAAAACUUUGGUUUGAAAUUCUUGUACCCUUCUACAACAUAUAAGCUGUAAGGUAAUGAAAAGGUGCCAUAAGUCAUGCAAUUUUUUUUUUUUUCACUCUAUGUGUGAUCAAAUUUUUUUCUACAGUGGUUGACUGGUUCUUAAAAGGCCCCUUCAUGUAAGACAGGUUCUUAAAAGGCCCCUUCAUGUAAGACAGAGAUGAUCUGUUUGCAAAUGUAUGAAUUGAUUUUAGACUGAAUUAUUUAUUACAUCUAGUCAAAGACUAGAUUUUCUUUUGUCUAGUUUUCUGCCUUUUAAGCUUUUGUGAUCUAUCUUCAAUUAUUGUGAUUGUGAAAAAAAACACAUCUCACCUGCUUCAACUUUUAAUGAACUAUCUCAUGUGUCAUUUAACAGCCAUAAAAUUGUUGUAAAAUUAUGGUGAUUGAAUGCGAAUGAUAUUGACUGAUGUUAGAUCUGUGAAGUCACGUGAUUCGAGUUCUCAACUAGUACAACUGUUUGUAUUUGGUGUGAUAUGAUGACACAGGCUGCACAUCAUAGAGUGAUGGGUUUUAGUUGUUUGAUUGCCUGCUUAAUCAGGUAGUAGGUGAAUUAGCAAACCUUUAUCUGUUUAUUUCUGACCAUGUGUUUUUGGCUCCAAUUAAAAUUUCCAAAAAUAUUAAUUUAACUUUGUACAGUUCUUUCUGUUUCUUUUUUGUAAAAUUCAUUGCAACAGACUUCUGUUGUGAAUUGAGUGAGAAGUUGUGUAACCAAAUGUACAUAUUGGUAACGUAUCUUCAAAUGUCUUAACACAUUAUUUAAAUGGAAAUUCCAUCUCUGUUUGCUGUUUGUUGAGGCUUAGAGCUCUCCUUAAAUCAUCCACCUAUAUUUUUUUAUAUGUAUACUUAUUUUAAUGUUUUGUGUUCUUCCACAAUAAGAAUUUAGAGCUACUUCCAUGUUGCCAUUCAAUACUGAAAAUAAUCAUAGUAUUACUAUUUGCAUCUUUCAACACUCUAGCAGUAAAAAGUAUGUAAGAAGAGUUCUCCCCAACCUCACCUAAGUAUUAUUCUGUAACUUGGAUUAACAUUGUUCCAUUCAUAACAAUAAAUGAAUUACUCCUCUCUGUUUUAA